GUUGGCCACCGAUUGGAAUUGACAAUCUGAGGAACUGCUUUGAUAAGCCUAUCUUAACUUCCAAUUAUGUUUACGUUGCUUAUCUGCUUACUCAAUGACGGGGCCUUGUGGGAUUUUGAAGCAUUGCGACCUUUCGUAGUAUGGUCGAAACAUGCUGAUUCACAACCUGUUGGAAUCGCUGCAUGUCCAUCUGAUGUGAAUUGGCGGCAAUUGCACCUUGCAUCGUCGGCCCGCAGCCUGUAUUCAGUGCCGCCUCUUCAACAGACCCGCAACUUUCGGCCGCCGUGUCCCAAGGCACCGGAUCAUACAAACUCCACGCCAUGCCCCGGCCGCCCGUACGUCCCGAAGACCGAAAACGGUCCACCAGGGCCUGCACGGCGUGCCGAGCGACCAAGAAGCGAUGCGACGCAGCGCAGCCAUGUCGACCAUGCGUCAAACGCGGAGUAGGCUCGUCCUGCACUUAUUCUCAGCAUGUAAGGGCUCGCCGCGCACCGCCGAAUCGAUCUUCGGUCGCCUCAGGCACUCGGCAGCGUGAUCAGGUGUCCCCCUUACUCUAUCAGCGUCAAGAAUCUUCUGUGCAGGAUGAGGACGAAACCGCAGCCUCGUCAUCGUCCGGCAAGACGGUUACGCCGCCCGGUCCGCGUCCGGUGAUGAUGUACACCUGUAGUGGUGAAAAAGUGUUUGUCGGAAAUGCCUCAGCCAUUGCCUUCUUACAAUACCUGCGAGGAAGCUUGCGUAUCCUUGGUCCAGGUUUCACGAUUAGUCAGGGAUGUCACCGCAUGUUCGAGGCACAAGUUCCUGUUCAGCGGACCGACGACUUCUCAGAUGACAUUGAAGACGCCGAGAGGAAAAUCCUGGUCCAACGUUACCUUGACGCCUCUAGUGGACUCCUUGAUUUGUUCGAUGAAUCCGAUAUUGAAGACCUUAUCAUCCAGACACAGACAUCGCACACUGGGUCUCUGAGAUCCAACUCCACCAUUCAUUCAGGGAGGCUUCUGUGCCUCUACAUGAUGAUCGCCAUUGGUGCCCAAUGUCGUGGCCAGAUAGGCGAUGCACCUAAAGCCUUUCGCUACUUCUCAGAAGCACGCAAGCUGUCGUUCGAAGGAAUGUUGAGCGAUCCAACACUAAACACCGCUCGAGGCUUUGUGUUAAUGGCCUUCUAUAUGUUUGGCGCUUGUCGUCGCAACUCUGCGUUUAUGUACCUCGGUGUUGCCACAAAGGCGGCGUCGGUCAUGGGCUUGCACAUGGCAGAGCAGUUCCAGUCUCUUUCGGAGAGCGAACGAAGUCUUAGGUCUCGAGUCGACAAGAGCAUACGACUCUUUGACGUAGUGUGUAGCUCAAUCCUCGGUAGACCAACGAGUGUAGCACCUUGCCGGCUGAGACGAAGCGUAAGCCUUCAUGAGAACCGACAUCGAAAUUUGUCGGUAGACGCUGCAUGCACAUUUGCCACAAUCCUGAACAGAAUUGUCGACACUCUAACCGAAGAAUCUGAGUUGGGCAUGAUGAGAGCACAACAAUUCCUCGAUGAAAUUAGACGUUGGAGUAAGGAACUGCCAACAGCUUUGCGCCAACGUCCAAAGAGAGGAACCGCUCACUCUCAUCAUUCUCAAAACCGAGAGAUAGCCAUUGGAAAUAUUCACGUCGCUUGUACCUACUACUUUGGCAUUAUUCUGACAACACGGGAGUUUUUAAUUCAUCAUAUCAUGCCUAAGAUCAACAAAGAUACGUCACUCGUGGACGGCCACGAUGAUGAGGGAGGGGAAGAAGAUGAGAAGAGUGUUGCUGAACUAUCUGAUGCCUGUGUGGACGCUGCUGUGUUCAUGGCAGAGAUGUGUGCUGACGCUCUGGACUCGCGCACCAUUAUGGGCAACAUGUGCAUACUGAAAGCUUGGUUGUUUGCCGCCGGUCUCGUCCUUGGCUUCUCGCUACUCGCUCCCGACGUGCCCCAAAACCGUGGGAAGGCAUUUCAUAACGCACUACGUGUUCUUGACUUUUUGGGUCACUUGAGUCCGCAAGCAGCACAGUAUCACCGUCUUCUCACAAGCUUUUCACAAGCCAUCGACUCUUUCAAGACCAACUCGCCAAUCGAGCAACAUCAUACGGGUGCUCCAUACGUUGAAAAGCUUCUAUCAUUCAAUCUAGCUGAGAGUCCUGAGACUCAUAGAACUGGAGAGGCGUCGCAGCUGCGCGAAAGCAUCGGUCAUGGCAGAAGUCCAGAACGAUCUGAGAGAGCAAGUGAUGCGAUUGCAGACUUGAGUGAUCAGCCAGAUCUAUUGUCUUUUGACCCAACUGCAUCUGGCGGGGAAGACUUAAUGCUAAGUCUUCUUUGGGAUGAUGGCGAUGUUGCCUUUGGAGAGUCAAGUGCUUUCGAUAUGUCAAUGGGAUCUGGCUAAGCCCGGGCCAAUGGGUGGGCCAAUGCUACAUGUAGCAAAAUCAGCGAGUUAUCGGAAAACGAAGCCGAGUCUUUGCUUUCAGAGCAUUGGGCAAUCUCGCACCAUCAACCAGAGCGUACGAGGGAAAGCUCGACAGAGCUCUGAGUACUGAUAUCGAUAUGAUGGAGUAGAGUCCUGCGUACAUUGCUAUAUAUGGUUAGGGACUACAUGCAUGUAUCCAUGCACAUACGGGAGCUCUAACAAAGGGUA